AGUCGAAGUUCCGCAGUAGACUAGACCCCACAGAUUCGGUGAGUGUAUUGUGCCUAGGUCGAGUUUUUCAUGUCGAGGAAGUCCAAAAGGCUUCAGGAACGGCAGUUGCAGCGAUCACAGAGUAUGUCUGAGUUGGCAGAUACCGUAGCGACGUCGGGAAGCGACAGCGUUGCAGAGCCAGACGGCGUGACUGAAAUAUUGCGGUGGAUCGUGGAGACGGCAAGGAGAGAUCGCAGGAACGUGUUCGGCGGCAAGAAAUCCAGCUUUCUCAGUUGAUCCAAGCUCUUUCUGCGUCAGGAAGAAGUUCCCAGUCAUUGGAGCAGCCACAGGGCGGGGGAAAUCUACACGCGGACGUGCAGGAAUUUUGCACGAAAGAUGUCGAAGCGUCAAGAAUGUCGGCGCGCGAGGAUGAACAGGUGAGAACGCCUCAUAAGCAAAGUCCAGUGGAAGGAUCUGAAGGACAGCAGAGUGAGUUCAGUGUUGGUGGUGAGUUGAUACGCCAGGUAGAGGAGGACAGAAAGGCAUUUCUCGAAGCGGUCCGUGAGAAUAGCCAGAGUUUAGUGAGUGGGCUACAAGCUCUGCAGACGCCAGCUGCUGUAGUUAGGCGCGAGCCCAAACACCGCAAAUUGGAAGAUGCCGAUGCUGUUGAACAUUAUCUAGUCGCGUUUGAGUGGUUUGCAACUACCUAUCAUGUACCUAAGGAAGCGUGGGCGCAGCGGGUGGCACCCCUGCUGACCGGAAAAGCACAGGCUGCUUACGCGUGUAUGUAUUUGGAGAAGAUGGGUGAUUACGACAAAUUGAAGAAGCCCAUUCUUCGUCGUUACGACAUUACCGAGGAGACAUACAGGUAACGCUUCAGGAGCUACCGAAAACUACCAGAAGAGAGUUAUGUCGAGUCGGGCAUCAAAUUGAAGGAUUUGUUCACCAAAUGGAUUCAACCUAGAGAAAAGACAAAGGAAGAGGUGUGAGGCCAUAAUACUGGAGUAGUUGCUGGAUGACAUCAUGUCAUGCCUCCUGAGAUGAAGAUUUGGGUGAGAGAAAGAGGACCAAAGACAUUGAAAGAAGCAUCUGAGAUGGCAGACAACUACGUAGCUGCCAGAAAGGGCAUCAAGGAUAGGAGAGUUUGCCUUAACCGUGGCAAAGCAGGGCAUAUAGCUAGAUUCUGUCCUGUAUCGGAAGCAAAGACAGAUCAGAAAGCAGCUGGUGAGAAGGAAGGAGUGACAAAGGCAGACUGUGUCUGUAAAGAGCAAGAAUGCCACGUGUUUCUCGUGGAGAGAUACGUCAUUAUGCGUCAAGUGCCCUCAGAAAUUGAAGACAGACAGGAGGUCUACGAUUGAAAAGACUUUCUUUUUGCUCACUCAAGGAAGGCGAGCUACCGACUCUGUGAAGUACCCAAGGAAAUGGGCGGAGCCAAUUCUUUCGUGAUGUAGACGGUCGGCCUGUUUCUAUUUUAGUUGAUACGGGUUGCACACACAUACCUUGGUGAGGAGUGACUUUGUGAGUAGCAACAAAAUCAAUCGCCGAUCCCAAGUUCAAGUCAGCUGUUGUCACGGAGACGUGAGAUCAUAUCCUACAGCCAACGUACGAGUGACCAUUGAUGGAAAGACUCAUCAUGUAAAGGCGGAGGUUCUGGCACAGCUGCGACAGCCAGUACUACUAAGCCAGGAUGUGUUAAUGUUACGAAAGUUGGUUCAAGAUAAAGUCAGUGCGUGUCUAGUACUGACGAGAGCAGAAAGGGAAAAAGCUGAGCAAGAGGACGAACGCUUGUUGAGAGCUAGUCAACAGUCAGGAGGAAGUCCUAGUCCUAUAGUGUCAGAUGACGAUGCAGAGUUUCAGAGACUAGCUGUUGGUCUGGAUGAGGGACUAUUCCAAGCUGGCGGCAAGGUCAGAAAGAAUCGUAAACAGAGGCAGUUAGCCAAGAGAACAUUUACUUUGUUUGCGGAUCAAGCCAAUAGUGAUACCCAAGCAGUCGAGCUUGAGU